UGCCACCAAAGCUUCCUUAAAGUGCAUUUAACUUUCAAGAAUUAUUAAUGCUUUCUUCUUAUGCCUUACUCCAAAUUUAUAGAUCUUGCUAAGUCAAAACCCACCUUACUAUUUACAAAAAUUUCCCAAAGAUAAUGCAAUCCUUACCUGACCCUGAAACAGAAGAUGAUACAAGAAUACCUCAAGCUUCUCUUUAAUGGCAAAUACUAAAAAGCUCCCUCUUUUCUUCUUUCUUGUUGUCUUUUGCUGCUGCUUCUCCACAUCAAUUUCCAGUCUUCUACCAGAAAUAAAAGUGCAGCAAGAUAAAGAUGAACCAUAUGUGGGAGUGAACAUAGGUACAGAUGUUUCCAAUUUUCUAUCACCUUCAGACUUGGUUGCUUUUCUGCAAUUACAGAAGAUAACACAUAUAAGGCUUUUUGAUGCUGAUCCUGAUAUGCUCAAAGCAUUAGCCAAGACCAAAAUCAGAGUCAUUAUUAGUGUACCUAAUAACCAAAUUCUUGCUAUUGGUUCUUCUAAUACUACUGCAGCUGCCUGGAUUGGGCGAAAUGUAGCAGCUUAUUACCCUGAAACUCUUAUCACAGCAAUUGCAGUUGGAGAUGAACUCUUGACCACUGUACCAAGUUCAGCUCCUUUGCUUAUGCCAGCAAUUGAGUCACUUUAUAGUGCUUUAGUGGCUGCUAAUUUACAUACCCAAAUCAAGAUUUCAACCCCAAAUUCUGCUUCCAUUAUUCUUGAUCCUUUUCCACCUUCCCAAGCUUUUUUCAAUCAGUCCAUGAGCUCAGUUCUUUCUCAAUUAUUGCAGUUUUGUUCAAGAACACAGUCACCUUUGAUGAUGAAUUUGUACCCUUACUAUGUUUUUAUGCAGAAUAAAGGGGUUGUUCCAAUAGACAACUCUCUUUUUAAGCCCUUGACACCUUCUAAAGAGAUGGUGGAUCCUAAUACUUUGCUUCAUUACACCAAUGUGCUUGAUGCUAUGAUUGAUUCAGUAUAUUUUUCCAUGAAAAAUCUCAAUGUUACAGAUGUGGUAGUUCUUGUUACUGAAUCAGGGUGGCCUUCGAAGGGGGAUUCUAAAGAGCCUUAUGCUACAAUUGACAAUGCUGAUACUUAUAACUCCAAUUUAAUUAAGCAUAUAAUUGAUCGUAGUGGUACACCGUUGCAUCCGGAAAUAACUUCUAGUGUGUACAUUUAUGAGUUGUUCAAUGAGGAUUUGAGGUCACCCCCUGUGUCCGAGGCAAAUUGGGGGCUGUUUCAUGGGAAUUCGACGCCCGUUUACUUGCUUCAUGUGUCUGGAAGUGGUACAUUCUUGGCUAAUGACACCACUAAUCAAACGUAUUGCAUAGCGAUGGAUGGGGUCGAUAAGAGGACAUUGCAAGCUGCUUUGGAUUGGGCUUGUGGACCGGGGAGGGCAAAUUGCUCAGAAAUUCAGCCAGGGGAGAGCUGUUAUCAGCCUAAUGAUGUGAAGAAUCAUGCUUCAUAUGCAUUUGAUAGCUAUUAUCAGAAGUCAGGGACAUCUCCUGGUUCUUGUGACUUCAAGGGAGUGGCUAUGAUCACCACAUCUGAUCCAAGUCACGGGAGCUGUAUAUUUCCAGGAAGCAAGACGGUAAGCAAUAAAACAAAUCAGGUGGUGAAUGCAACACAAGCAAGUGGAUCAAACACAAUAAGAUUUAUUGGAGCAGAGACAAGUAUAUUGGACAAGAAUGUGCAUGUUUUAUUUGGUGUUGCCUUGUGUUUGUUUUAUUAUUCAUUGAUUCAGGUACACUUAAGUUAGUUCUUUAGCAGAAGUUUUUUCUUUGUUUAAUAAAAAAGUAGUUCAUUGUGGAGGGCAGUAAUGCUUUGCAGAGGAGUGUUUAUUCUGUGGAUGAUUAUUUUUUGGGGAGGAUCACAUGUAAGGGAUUCUUUGGUGUACCUUUUUGUAGAAAAGUUGUACCUAAGUUGUAUUUAAUGAGAUUCUUGGAAGCUCAGUUUCCUAAUGAUAAAAAAGACCUCAAGCAAGAGAAGUGGAAGCCAA